AUGGUGCCUUCGGCGAACUUGCUUGGAUUCGCGGGUGGAGAGCUCGCAAAAAAGUUACCAAAAGUAUUCGGUGUCUUGCUGGAGACAACCCUUAGUUCGGUUGUCGAGAUCGUCCUCUUCAUGGUCCUGAUUCAUAACGACGAAGGUGGCAACCUGAUUCCGGUUAUCCAGGCCGCCAUCCUCGGCUCAAUUUUGGCGAAUCUCUUACUCUGCCUGGGUCUAUGCUUCUUCUGUGGAGGCAUUGGGCGUGCAGAUCAGUCGUUCCAUGAGGCCGUCAGCGAAGUAGGCUCAGGGCUCCUGCUAGUCGCAGGGUUUGGCCUCCUAAUCCCGAGUGCUUUUUAUUCAACUCUGAAAGGCAAUGCAUCGCAUACGCAUGUACAAAUGUCGACGGAAGACUUGAAUCAGUCUACACUGAUCAUCAGUAGAGCCACAGCCAUCAUCUUACUAGUGGCUUUUUUGAUGUAUCUGUUUUACAAUCUUCAUAGCCAUCACAGUAUCUUUGACGAAGUGCUUGAGUUCGACGAGCAUCAGGAUGAAGAUCGCGAAAAGGAGAUGAAGCGGGCGAAGCUUACACUAAUUGAAUGUUUUAUUGCCAUUGGAAUCUCGCUCGCUUGUGUCUGCAUGUCGGCGGUCUUCUUGGUGGAAGAAAUAGAGCAUAUUGUGAACGAAAGAGGCGUAUCGGACAAUUUCAUGGGCCUGAUUUUAGUGCCUCUAGUAGAGAAGGCAGCAGAGCAUUUGACUGCUAUCGAUGAAGCUUGGGACAACCAAAUUAACUUCGCACUCUUUCACUGCCUUGGUCCAUCGAUCCAGACUGCGUUGCUGAAUGCACCGCUGGUAGUCCUUGUGGGCUGGGGCAUUGGCAAGGACAUGGGUCUCGAUUUUGAGAUAUUUAUGAUCGUUCUGGUUGUUUUAUCCAUCUUGGUGGUCGGGAACUUUCUUCGCGAUGGCAAAUCCAAUUACUUGGAGGGGGGCCUAUGCGUCCUGGUCUACGUUAUUAUCGCCGUUAGCACAUGGUACUAUCCUCAGAUUGUGCCAGAAGGAGAGACCGAAACCAACCCUUCAAUGGACCCAUCAUCCACCGUUAUCUAUGCACUCAGAGAUCGCGGAAUCCCGUUUAGGCGAGACGAACUUCAGCCAGUCCUUAGCAAUGGGACAGAUGGCCCCAAGAUUGCGAAAUGGCUGACAGAGCAUCUCACCACCGACACUUUGCUGUCACAAGAAGAGCUCAUACUGUAUUCGAAGCUUGAGAGUUCCGGCGCCUUGCAGGGCAUUUUGACCAACACAGAGUUGAAUGCAACUCGUCCCCUUCUGGAUGAUGACCUUCGACGGGCGAUUGAAACACUGGGUGCUUCUACGGCUGCAAUACAGACCCAAACAGACAUGUUAACAUCACAAUACGAGAAUAUGAGUCGACAUGGCCAGUCGGAUGAGGACCUGGGGCUGAGACAAAGUAGGGAUCUAGCACGACUGCACCAGAAGCAUAAUGAUCUAGCUCAUGCUUUGGAUUCGGAAAUGAGGAGUGUAUCGGAGCAAGCCACAGCAGAGGCCAAAAGAAUACUCUCCUCUCUGACAGCUCGAUUCAAGGAAGACGAUAGGUUGAUCACAGACUUGGAGAGACUCGCCUCCGGAAUUGAGAUUACUGAGCAAGAUGAAACUAAUGCGAAGCAAACAUCGGAGCGAAGCGCUGCUCUUGCCCAAUAUGUCGCUGAUGAGAUACAGUGCCGACUUGAUCGAUUAUAUUUGGAAUCUUUACAAGUAGACUCUGUGGAAACACGAGCUGAGCCAGUACCGCUCGAGGAGGAAGCUCUGGUGGCACUAGAAAAAGAACUUGAGUCUCUCUAUCCCGAGAUCGACAUACUGGCGGAGGUGUCUUCAAGACAGCAGUUCGCCGAGCCUGUGAUAGACGAGCUACGCAACCACCACGGGAAGUUGCGCAUGGCUUCCCACAAAAGAUUGGAUUAUGUUCUGGAUGUUGUCUCAGAGAUGACCUUGUCCACAGAAGAUUUGAUCAGGUGCCUGCAGGACCGGGAAUCUUUCUGUGGAACACUCGAGGCUAUCGCUGCUGCGCAUCGAUCGGAGAUUGGCGAUUUUUUCUCGAGCCAGCCUAAUCCCAGAAGAGAAUCACUGAGACGUGCCUUUGCACAGUCAGCUCCUAAUUCUAAUUCGGAGCAAAAGUGCAAUACUGCGCUCCGUGAUUUGCACUCAGUGGCGAAGGUAUUGCGCCGAGUAGGACUAUCUCUAGACUCCAUGCUCCAUGCAGAAGGGGUCGAUGGAUGUUCGAAAGCUUUGCAAGAGAAGCGGCAGCAGUUGACCGAGGGGCUGCAUGAUCAUGGCGUCGCUGCAGAUUCACCGCUAAUGGCUGGUUUGCUUCCUACAGAUCGGGCAAUCCGACUUCUUUCCACAUGCUUGCACGCCGAUUCAGAAUUUGAGACCUCCAUUUCGAACCUGGACCACCAGAGAAAACUUUCCGAUCUCGAGGAUGAUUUGAAUCGUAUGCAAAAGGGCUUAGAAGGACUCGACCUGUCCGUGCUUCACAGGCGAGAUAGAGGCCAAGAUAAGUUCGUAGAAAGAUGGGGUUCAAAAGGGCUGAAUGAGUGA